GCGCACCGUGACACUGCGGGAGGGGGAGGAAAAGUUCAGGGCUUGGACGACACAUUCCUCAGGCAGUGACACGGCACUAUUAACAAAUUUUAUUUCGUUGCCAGAACUAGGUCGUUGUUGCCGGUAACAGAGAAAAAGAUAUAGCUUGGGUCCAUUUCUCUCGGUGUGAGUCACGAGUCGGUUUCUUUGAACAAUCGUAUUCCAGAACCCGUGACACCAUGGACAGCCUGGAAAAGCAACUAAUCUGUCCGAUCUGCCUCGAGAUGUUCACUAAGCCGGUGGUGAUUUUACCCUGCCAACACAACCUCUGCCGGAAAUGUGCCAAUGACAUAUUUCAGGCCUCCAAUCCCUAUUUGCCAACGCGUGGGGGUUCUACAAUGAGUUCUGGCGGCCGGUUCCGCUGCCCCUCCUGUAGACACGAAGUGGUUCUAGAUCGGCAUGGUGUUUAUGGACUGCAACGGAACUUGCUAGUGGAAAACAUAAUCGACAUGUACAAACAGGAGACAAUCAGUACAGUUAAUAAAGCAGAGCCACAGCAGAAACCAGCUGUGAUGAUGUGUGAGGUACAUGAGGAAGAGAAGAUUAAUAUCUAUUGUGUGUCCUGUUCUGUUCCUACCUGCUCCUUGUGCAAAGUGUUUGGUGCACAUCAAAACUGUGAAGUUGCACCACUUAGUUCCAUCUAUGAGAGUCAGAAGACAGAGUUGACAGAGGGUGUUGCUAUGCUAGUGGGAAACAAUGACAGAAUUCAGGCCAUCAUCAGCUUGCUGGAGGAGAGCUGCAGAACAGUGGAGGAGAAUGGGCGCAAGCAGAAAUCUCAUGUGUGCGAGACAUUUGAUCACCUGUAUGCAUUGCUGGAAGAUAGGAAAGGGGAGUUGACACUGAAAAUCAGUUCUGAACAGCAGGAGAAACUUGAUUACAUCAAAGGCCUACAGCGCAGGUACACAGAGCACCUGGACAAGAGUGCAAAGCUGGUGGAGACAGGAAUCCAAACCAUGGAGGAACCAGAGAUGGCCAUCUUCCUGCAGAAUGCAAAGCCUCUACUACAGAAAAUAGCAGAGGGCAGAAACACAUCUUACUUGGAGAAGUUGGAAUGUGGCUAUGAAAAUAUGGAUCAUUUUACUGUCAGUUUUGAUCAUGAGAGGAGAGCCAUCCUUAGCAUUGACUUCACCAGAGAUGAUUAUGAAGCUGGUGACAAUCAUGAUGAAGAAGAGGAUCAUGAAGAUGAAGUGGUUAAUGAUGUGCGUGUCCGUGGCCAAACUCAGGAGACUGAAGGAUUAAAGACCCCCGCUCUCAAGCAAACCCCUAUUCUGACUCCAGACUCCCCACAAGUUGUGGACAGCACAUCUCAACUGACUGCUGGUCUAAGCCCUGCCCAGACACUGGACUUGUGUUCAGCACCGAACACACCACCAACCACUUCCACUCCUGCCCAAACAACAACCACCAGGAUGUCACAGAAUACAUCCUCAGUCACACCCACUCCAAACACAGCCCCCAGCACUCCAGAAAAUAGAACCACAGAGGGGUCCACCAACCCUAGCACAGGACUUACCACUCAAAGCUCAGAUGGCCUUCCACGCCAUGUUUUCUCCUUUUCCUGGCUCAAUACCCCCAAGUAAAAAUUCUAUACUAAAUGGGAAAGUUUCUCAGAAAUUAUGCUUGUUCACCAGGAAUUCAGCAGAGACAUCAUGACAGUUUCUUUCUUUUUUUUUUUUUUUUUUUUUUUUUACUUUUUGUGAUUUUUCUAAAGGGACAGUUUAUAUGCACACAUGGCAUAUAAACUGUCAGAUAUUCCAUUAUGAUAAAAAAUAUAUUCUUUAACUACAGACUCCAUUUCAGUCUCCAAUAGUGGGACAAUGUAUAGGACAGAAUAGAAUAAUUUAAAAGAUGUGUAAUUCACAGUAAUUAAAUGUGAUAACUGCUAUAAGCACUGAGUGUGAAAUAAAAGAAUAUGAAUAUCAA